CAACGUUGUAGUCGGAUACCAUGGCUGUCGAUUUGGAUUACUUGUCUCCCACUCGAUCGCCCAAGGAAGUCGGUGGUGCGGCGAUACAAUGGGUGUGCACAAGGAGAGGGCGGGCCAUGGUGCUGACUGUCUUCCUGUGCACUGUUUUGAUGGUAAUGGCCGGCAUGAGGAACCAAGAAGCCUUGUCGUCCAGAUACAAUAACAUCUCUACAUACUACCCAUGGACACAGCAUCUCCCAAGCUUGCCAAAUAUCAUACAGUCGCCGUUCAAGACGCCCUCGGAGUUGACGCUGCAGCUGGAAAAUGGCCAGGUCGACCGUGUGCCGGCCAGGCUCAAAAAGACGACGCCCAACUUCCACCUCAUCAUGCCAGCAGAGAGCGACACAAUCGACUUUUGCAAGACGACAGCGUCGGCCAUGAUGCUAAACUACCCUCCAGUUACUGCGGUGGGGUUGCGCGGGAAUUUCGAAUCGGAUGAAAAACGGCAACGAGAGAUCCUCCAACGCACGCUCAAGUACCUAAGCAAUAAACAGUUCGUCAAAGACCACGACCUCAUACUCAUUGUGGAUGGCGAGAACACUUGGUUCCAGCUGCCGAGCAACGUGAUUGUCUCGCAGUACAAGCGCUUGCUUGUGGAUGCCAAUGUGCGGCUGCUGAAAAGAUAUGGGCGAAACAAGGACGGGUACCAAAAGUUCAACCAGACGAUUGUGUUCGGAGCCGAUAAACAGUGUCAGGGCGAUGACAAGGCGUGCGGAUAUGUGGCCCAUUCCAUUUUCUCGGAUAACCUGUACACAACAGAGACGGCUCGGCGCAUAUCACAGAUGCCGGCGAAAUUCCUCAACGCAAGAAUGGUCAUGGGUCCGGCGAGCGAUUUAAGGGCCUUGUACCGUGCUGCACAGCAGAAAUUUAUACACCGCCAAAGUCAGUCGCAGACGGUCCAGUCCGUGCUCGCUACGCUCUUUGCAGAGCAGCAGUUGAGCAGAGAUGCAGCCGAGGUGCAGACAACGAACGUGGGCGCGAAGAUGAAGGAGUUGUUGUCUUUCAAAGAAGGUAAAGCAGAUGCAAAACACAGGCUAGAGCAUGCGCAGGCAAACUUUUCCAAUUGCACCAGGCAGGAGAAUUGUACCAGGCCGGAUUUUGCAGUCGGCUUGGACUAUGCCCAUGUCCUCUUCCAGCCCCUGGCCUUUAACACCAAAGAUGAGCUUAUGUUGCUCGUGCACGACAACUCAACCAACCUUUCUCAAUACAGCCACCCUGGCUCCAUCGACAAGAACCUCACCCUCCCCGCUGGACUCCGCGAUACCAAGCCCCCGUUCUCGCGCCCUGACCUGUCCAAGACUAGCCCCUCGCCCCACGAGCAUUCCGCAUACAUAUCCCCGCUAGAGUACAAGGCGGACCUCGACACUCUCCCGGAGCGCAAAUUGCCCUGGAGCGAGGUUCCGUUGAUCCAGAAUACGUAUACGGGAGCGGUUCCUGCCAUCAUUGACGCUUCUCCUGCACCAAACGACCAUGAAGCCGGUCCAGACAUCACGCGGGAGCAGCUCUGGUACUCGAAAUACAAACGUGCCCUGCUGCGCAGAUACUUCCGCACGCCGCAGUCGCCCAGCGGCUACCAUGACUCGCUUGUUGGCGGAGACCGGUACUGGGAUGCGCGUGGGGGGCGCGGCGGCAUCUGGACUGCAGCGGAGCAGCUCUGGCUGGCGUGGGGCGAACUCGACGGCGUAUGCGGCAGAUUGAAUCAACAGAGAGAUGUCUUUGGCGACGAAAAGGGUGUGUGGCUACAUGAGCGGGAACGAGGCUAUGAACUGUGGCUGGCUCUGGUGCAAAGGGGCGAGAAAUUGAAGAGAAGGCAACUGGUUCAAGAGGCUUGGAAGGGCCUUCAGCAGCGGACCAAGAGAUGGGAUACCAAGGUCUAAUGUUGUAUUGUUGAAGAUUUUUCUUCUUGUUUCCCUUUUUUGUAUACCCGGGGCCAUUGUACAGCAUGGAGUUUUUUGUGUUGUUAUGAGCAUUUGCAGGCGUUGUUUGUUAUUCUGUUCGCAUUGGAUAUAUCCCCUAUAUCUGGGUGGGGUUUUUUUUAUUUUUACAUGUGUUAU